GGGUUGGCGACAAAAAUUAAAAAAUAAUCAUGUUAAUUUUAUACAUACUUGUGAAUUGGAUAAAAAGUGUGAGAAACAUUUAGAAUUUUAUAAUAAGUAAUAACUUUCUAUGGAAAUAUUUAACUAUUGCAUGUCUUUAUUUCCAUCUACAAAAAAGUGUACCAAUGUGAUGUCGUUUGCGUUGAUCUACGAAAAAGAAAUCUGCAGAAUUAUCUGAAAAAUUUUGAAUCAGAAAAUCUUUUGGUUUUUUUUUUGAAUGGAUGGAAAAUGGAAGAUAAUUAACUUGAGAGUAGAUGGAGAUUUUGAUCUCUGUAUGAUGUUUAAUCUAUUGUUUAGUUCUUUAUCCAAUCCAAACUAAUUUAAAAGAGAAAUUGAUGUAAAAAUUAUUGGGUGAUUUUUGAGAGUACAAAAAACUAGUUUUUAUUCAGAAACUCUUCAAAAUUAAUAAAUAUGGGAAUCUGCAGGUUAUGUUUACAAACAGAGGGUGAGAAAAUGAUGUCUCAAAAGGUUUUAGAAUUAUUGAAAAAAUAUAUACCUGGCAUGUAUUCCAUUGUGAGAAAUCUAGACCUUCUAUUAUGCGAAAUAUGCUUUACAAACAUUGAAACCCUCAGUGCGUUUGUGGGCACAAUAAAUGAUACCAACGAAAAGAUCAAAGCAGCUAAAGAGGCAACUGCAGAUAAAAUUGAUUUAACGAGGUUGGUACAAACAAACAAUAACUGCCAAGGAAAAGUGAGUUCUGCUUGUAGACUCUGCUUGAAGAUUAUAUUUAUGCCUCAAAUAUUUCUUUAUGAAAAUGAAUCUAAUGUUUUACGCCAUGAUUUAAUUCUCGAAAUGUGCCAGAUAUGCAUGAUAUCAAUGGAUCUGGAACUGUCUGAACAUCCAGUGAUGUGUUGGGAAUGUUGGGAAAACCUGCAGAUAUGCUACAGCUUUAAAAAGAGCUGUCUAGAUAUAGACAAGAAAAUUACAUCAUACCGUACAAUUUUCUGUCUCACCAAGAAAGACAUAACAGAAAACAUUUUUACAGAAAUGUGCAAUUACUUUUCCCAAAAUCUCGAUGAUGAUCUGAUAAAAUUGAGUAGGAUUAUUGAAAAAGAGGAUGAACUGUUAGAAAAUUGUCUAGAUGUGAGCAGGUAUACUUUAAGAAACAAUGUGAAGAGGGAAUAUAAACGAGAAGACUGUAGCAAUAAUGAUAAAGUUUGUGAAAACAAAAUAAUGCCCAAAAGUAAUUCAAAAAGACGUAGGCAUUGUUUUACAGAAGAGGAUGAUAACUUUUUACUGGAAGCUUACAAGGGUGUAAAUAAUACAGAAAAUAGUCUCAGAAAGACAAUAUGGCCUCAAAUCCAAAUGAAAUGGUUGGCAUCCUUUCCUGAUAAACCUUUGACAAUUUGUUCAAUAAUUGCAAGGAUAAACCGACUUCUUCAAAAAACUGGAGAAAUCAAGAGAGCUAGGCGAAAAAAAAUCCUUCCAAGACCUCCCAAGAAACCUUUUGUUUUACAAAAUAUUCUAUUAGUGCCCGCUAUUAAUAAAGCUGCUGUUGAAUAUAAAGAAUCAUUUACUGAAGAUAUACCAUCACUAAAGAUGGAAUCCUUAUCCAACGAAGAGGUUCAUCUAACAGAGUUUAAGCUAGAGCCUUUAUCAGACUGUCCCCCAUCUGACAGUGAUUCAGACAGUGAGUCACUGCCUAUACCUGAUUUAGAAAGAAUGGAUGUACGUGAUAGUAGUAAUGUUUGGAUAAAUGUAUCGAGAGAACUAGAAGAGGAGGAGGAGGAGGAGGAGAAAGAUGAUGAUUCUGAAUGUGUCAUUGUGAAAUAUUACAAACAGUUCUUAAGCACCACAAAGAUGUAUGCUGACAAAUCAGUUACCACCUACAAAUGUAACGGCUGUGAUUUUGAGACCAAAUGCCAGUACGCGGCUGACUGCCAUACAAGUUGCAAUAAUUUGGAAUGUGAAUAUUGUUCGUUUGAGACGUCCAAACUUUCUACACUGAUACAGCAUACUUCAGAAGUGCAUAAAUUCGACAUUGAAGAUGAUGAUAUUCCAGAAUUGACUCCAUUUGCAAUAUAGGCCUGUGGCAAUAAUGGGUGUGUGUUUGCUGUGAAGAUUUCAAAAAGAUUAUAGGUUAAGUUAGGUUAGAAAAGUUAAAGUCAUUGUGAUUUUCAUAAGAAUGAUAUUUUUGUUUUGUUUUUUAGUUUUAUUAAGUGCUGAACGCUUAUAAUGUUGUUUUAUUUUUGUUUAAUAUGUUUUGCAGCAUUCUUUGACUUGAAUACCCCACUUUCCUUUCAUUAGUUGUCUUCAAGGAUUAAUUUGUCUGCAUAGCUUUGUUUAAAUUGAUUAUAUUAGAUAAAAUAGAACAGUCAAAAAACUAUUUUCAAAUCAUUGGAAAGUAGUGUCCAAUACAGCAUUAUUUGGCUGAUAAGUUCUUCAAUCCAUUUGUUGUUCAUUAGCUGUCCAAAACAAUAUGAAGAAUUAUGGAUGCAAAAUGUUAGUAGAAAAUAAUAUAAUUUGAUUCCAAUAAACCACACAGAGAAUGUGUAGAAACAGACUGUAUCACAGAUUUUAUUAUUUUUUGGUUUUAUUUUGAAUAAAAUUUUAUUUUAUA